AUCAUUUCAUUUCUCUGUAUGAUAAUAGCAGCCCCGUCCUCCUAUCUAUCCAAAAGAACACAAGAGCUGCUUAGAGUCGAGAAUUAGAAAGGAAAAUAAAAUGGUGAGAGCUCCUUGCUGUGAGAAAAUGGGAUUAAAGAAAGGUCCCUGGACUCCUGAGGAAGAUCAAAUACUUGUCAAUUACAUUCAACAAUAUGGUCAUGGCAAUUGGAGGGCACUUCCUAAACAAGCUGGUUUACUGAGGUGUGGAAAGAGCUGCAGACUGAGAUGGACAAAUUACCUGAGACCUGACAUUAAACGAGGCAAUUUCACCAGAGAAGAAGAAGAAACCAUCAUUCAAUUACAUGAAAUGCUAGGAAAUAGGUGGUCAGCUAUUGCAGCAAGAUUACCGGGACGCACAGACAAUGAAAUAAAAAAUGUUUGGCACACCCACCUGAAAAAGAGAUUGAAGCAAAACCAGGCAGCUACUGCCACUCCAGAAAUCAAGAGACGCUCCGUUGAUAUGUCAAGAGUUAAUAAUAUUGAUCAAGAAUUAAAAGCGAAACCAGAAUUCAUCAAUUCAUCAAAUCCUGCGGCCUCUGAAGCCACAGAAUAUAGACCGAUUUCGCCACACCCAAGUUCAAGUGACAUUUCCUCCGUCACCACAGGUGAUGAUCAUCCUAACAAUAUGUCUAUGAAGGUCGAACCAUCGGGUGAUUUUCCUGAAAUGGAUGACAAUUUUUGGUCAGAAGUACUGUCGAGUGAAAAUUCAAGCUCGGACAGUGAUUUUAGCAGUGAGCUACAGUUACAAAUUCCAUCUUCUUCGCUAGGAAAUAUUCAUGUCGGACCAGUUUAUUAUGGCUGUCAUACAAAUAUGUAUGAUAGUAUGGAUUUUUGGUAUAAUCUUUUCACAAGAGCUGGGGAAUCAUUAGAAUUGCCAGAUAUUUGAACAAUUUAUUAGGUAUACAUUUUUGUUCUUAUUUUUAUUUUUGUUAGGCUUUUGGGAUGGCAAAAGGUCAUGAAUUAUUGCUGUACAAUUUUUGUUACUGUUCAGAAGAGAAAGAUAACUCAGACAUUAUUCAAAUUGAUGUAAAUUUAUCCAGUUCUUGGACCAGAAAUUCAACUUGUCCGUGACAAUUGAUUUA